AUGCUGGAGAACGGCUCCUUCUCCAACUGCUGCGAGCCGGGCGAGCUGGCGGUGCCCCCGGGCUAGCUGGGGACGGACAGCACGCGGCCCUCCAGGAUGGCGCGUCCUCCCUGGCUGGCGCCCGGGCUGUCUCCCGUGCUCCUCGUCACCACCGCGGUGGACGUCGUGGGCGACCUCUUGCUCAUCCUCUCGGUGCUCGGGAACCGCAAUCUCCGGAAUGCGGGACAGCAGGUGAUAUGUAAAGAGAAAGGCUAUGAAAUACUUGACAGUGAGACUGCCCAGGAGGAUUUGGCUGCUGAACACACAGGGCCUCGUCCAGAGUCUGCCCUGUCCUCCAGGCCCCCGGGGUUGCUCGGUCUGCACCAUCUUUUGCCCAGAAGCAGCCACUGCAUUGCAGGCUUCCUGAUGGGAAUUUUCAGCCCGGGAGGGAUUUGCACCCCCAGUCAGGCCGUCUUCCAUUCGUUCAUCCUCGCGGCCAUCUUCCAUGAUGGCUGGGCCCUGGGGGAGGCGCACGGCAAGGCCAGUGCCUUCGUGAUGGGCCUGAGCAUCAUGGGCUCCGUCUUCAGCAUCACUGCCAUUGCCUGUAGCUGCUGCUGCUAUGUCUGCCGCGACGUGGCCUACUGACGGAUCUGCUGGCCCUGGCACACACCCGUCUACACCUGCCUCAUCUGGCUCCUCACUGCGGGGGCCUUGGUGCCCAACUUCCUCUCGGGGUCUCUGCAGUCCGACCCACGCAUCUACUCCUGCACCUUACCCCAGACGGCCACCCGGUACAUGCUGGCGGUGCUGGUCCUUCACAUCCUCCUCCCCAUCGCUGUCGUGUCCUGCUGCUACCUGCUCACCCAGACCCUGGUGCUCCAGGCCUGCAGGAAGGCCAAGUCGGUGACCAAGCUGCGCCCCAAACCCAGCGACGUCCAGAGCUUUCUGACCACAUUCGUGGUGUUUGUGAUCUUCACUCUCUGCUGGGCCCCACUGAAUGGCAUUGGCCUCGCUGUGGCCAUUGACCCAGAAGAAAUAGCUCCGCAGGUCCCGGAGGGGCUCUUUGUGCCCAGCUGCUUCCCGGCUUAUUUCAACAGCUCCCUUAGUGCCAUGGUCUAUGGGCUCCUGAACUAGGACUUCCAGAGGGAAUACAGGAAGAUUGUCUCGGCCCUCUGGAACCCUUGGCGCUACGUUCAGGGUGCUUCCAAGGACAGCCAAGCUCCACCUGUGGGAAUGCCCAUCACCCCACCCGGUUAG